UCUGAUAAAUUCUGGCAUUUGUUUUCGUUCCAUAAUCGUAACAUCACUUUAAAAUAUUAACUUAUGUUUGACUUUUCAACAAUGUUCAGUCCUCAAUGUUGGACCCACUCUAAUAAUCGAUUGUCGUUCUUCUCUGGCUAGUCAAAUUAUGUUAACGUACCGUUCGUUCGAUUUCACACUCUAGUAAGUUAUGGAGAUUUUAGUCUAAACCUUGGCACGACUGAGAACUGACAAUGAUCAUAAUGAACAAAUCACAUUGUACCAUAACGGGCAACCAGUGUGAAGUCAAGCUCAAGUGUAAAUCACUCAUUCUGCCGGGAGAUGAAUCUGUUUGAAUGGAUCCAUUAUCAACAAAAGGGCAGUUUCAAUAAAUAUUUGUGUUUCAUCGACAACGGGGCAGAAUCAUUUUAAAACAGUUACUGAGUUCUCUUAUCUACAGCAUGUUGCUCAAUUUCUCCUCCUUAAAGUUCUCAGCUAUCACUGUAUUUCAAAACUACAGCGUCUAACAAAUAACUCAUUUACCAAUGAGUAUUUUAACCGCCAGUUCCAGUUUCCCUCCGAUGAAAGUUCAUCGCUCAACACCUUUUCCCGUGAGGAUUUGAAACUAAAUGAAUUAUUUCGAAAAUGACCUUAAAUUUUUAAGUCAUAAAUAAGUCUGUUAUUGGUUCUGGGUUUGACACGGAGACUUUCAGGCGCCAUUCUGGGGAUAAGUUUAAGACGUUUAAGAUUAAAUGGUACUUCUCUGCCCCAGGUUGUCCAUGGCUACCGCAGCACCAACAGCUUCCUCAACCAAGGAGACAACCAACUACGCUCGCUUGUGUCGUCUACUGGUUGAUGUUGGUACCCAAGCCCUCCGAGACACAUUUGAUGCAAUCCAUCCCCCAGCCAAUCUUCACAAAAUUUUGACGGCAAAUAAAACUGCCUUACAUUCCCUGCGAACCAAAAAGGUUAUAAAUGCAACGCAAUGGGGAAAGCUCUUUCCAGCUAUCCCUACUUCAGUGUCAUCUAAAGAUUUCGACAUCACACUUUUAAUGGUUCUGCUGAGAAACGUAUGUGGCUUACCAUCCCCCGCAGCAGGCUGGGAUACACUUCCUGCUGUAACAGAUGUGGGUCGUGAAGAUGAUGUCGCCCGCAUUAAAUAUUACAGGAACACUGUGUACGGUCAUGCUGAGUGUGCUUCAGUUGAUGACUCGACGUUCAGCACAUACUGGGGCGACAUCCGGGACACUCUGGUGAGACUGGGUGGAGCAAAAUACAAAGCAGCCAUUGACAAUCUUGAAACUGAGUGCAUGGACCCUGAAGUCGAAGAUCACUGCAAAGACCUUCUUUGCCAGUGGAAGAAAGAUGAAGAAAAUGUGAAGGAUCAACUAAAUGAACUUGGCAGCGAAAUAAAGAAUGUCGCCAAACGGCUGGAUGAUUUGUCUUCAAGCCUGACUCUAGAAAAGGAAACUAGGAUGGAAAGUAAAUCCAUUAUGCUAGAGGAGCCAUUGGAUAGCUCUACUAUGUGCAGAGAAAAAGGCCAUGAGACAGAACUUCUGGACCGCUAUUGUUAGAGCUGCAAAGUUUCCAUUUGCGACAGGUGUGGGGAGACUCGUCACAGUCAUCACCCCAAAAUGAGUAUCCAUCAGGCCGCCGAGGAAGAGAAACUGAAGAUGAAAGAGACUGUAGAACAAGUGAAAAUGCAAAUUGUUGACCUCGAGAUGCGAAUAAAAACAACAACAGAACUUUUUACGGUGAGUACGGAAAAAAUUGCUACAGCUCGUAAGGAAGUGUGGACAACUGUUGAAGAACUCAUUCGUGUAUUAAAGAAGCACGAGAGGGACAUGGUGGCCGAGUUAGACGUCAUCGAAAAGGCACAGCAAAAAGGUUAUUCAACACAGCUAGAGCACUUGCAGACAUCUGUAAACGAAUCAAAAAUCUCUGUUCAAAAUUGCGAGGACAUCAUACACGAAAAUGUCAGGGUUGAAACUCUACAAGCACAACAGGCCGAAAUUGAGAGGUCUAAAGGUGUUCUGAAGGCAUUAAAACUAGACAUUUAUAAGCCAUGCCACCUUUGCUAUAAAGCAGAUGAGGACUAUCUAGAGAAUUUGACAGGUAAAGCUCCUGGUGAAGUUCUUCUCAGUCACACUGAUCCUUUAAGGUCAUUUUUAGAAUGGAAUGGCUGGGGACCAGCUAAAGCUGGAUGGAACAAAAUCUUUAACAUUGUGACAAUUGAUUCAGAUGGGGAACAGUGCUACCAGGAGAUCGAUGAGAUCAAAGUGACAGUUCAGACUCCCACGGGGAUAGACCUCGACCUCGCGUAUGAUGUCUGCUGCCAAGGAAGAUAUAUUUAUAAUUACAGACCACUCCGUGAUGGAAUACAUGAAGUGACAGUGCUGGUUAACAGUCAACCACUUCCAGAUAGUCCCUGGAGUUUAUGGGUGAGUCCACAUGUGUAUUCCUACUUGACUAAUGUUUCACAAGUAUAUCGAUUAGCACACUUCGAAGAACCCUGGGCUGUUGCAAUAGACGAGAGGACAGGAAAUAUCGCAUUGGCAGAUCGAAAGAAACGGAGGGUGGAACUUUUCAGUUGUAAUUUGGAAUAUCUAACAGAACUCGGUCAGAAUGGACCAGCUGCGAUCAAACUAUCAAAUAUUACCUCAGUUGCAUUUACCCAAACUGGUGACGUCAUCGUCAUUGCUUCUGGAAGCGUUAUUUGUUUUACAAUCAGUGGGGAAUUUACAGGGUGUAUUAACAACAAAACUCUCAAUUCUCCUUUUUCUCUGACCAUUGCGUAUGAUGGCAGUAUAGUAGUGUGCGACACCGGUGACAAGUCAGUCAAUGUCCUCUCCCCUGACGGAACAGAAAUGCUACAGUCCUUCAGUGCUCUAGACUGUGAUGACUUCCCGUGGGAAGCUGUUUAUCAUCCAGACGUGUUCUUCGUGUCUUACCCCACAGCUGGUUGUGUUAAAAUGUUUAAUAAGGUCGGGGACUUUAUCUAUAACAUUGGCAAUGAGAAUGUGGGUUAUGGACAAUUGAGUACGCCUCGUGGACUUGUUGUCGAUGUUUUUGAGAAUUUGAUAGUUUGUGACGAGGAAAACAAAAGUUUAAACUUUUACAAACUGGAUGGAACGUUUUUUAAAAGCAUAAGGAGUCCUAUGUUAGACUGUCCCUUCUCAAUUGCGGUCUUUCCAAGCAUUCGAGCGGCAUGGUUUCUCGUUUCUGACCUUAAAAGAAAAAUCUUUAUUCGCGUUCAGUAAGUGCAAAUAUCAAGCGUUCAAAAGUAACCAUUACCUUUUUGAAAUCUAUCUGAAGAAAUUUCUCCAAUAGCCUUCCGAUACAAAACUGAUAUUGAAUACCUAAUUUUGUUUUCUGUAUGUGCUAUCGAUUUCCAACUAAUAUAAAGUGCAUGAAAAGAAUACCUUUCUCGUCAAAUAUCAUGAUGUUGAUAAAGGUACGAACUAAGAACGGGGUGUCCCUGCAAUGAUUUCAUUGAAGUCAUUCUUUCCUCCCUUGUCUCGUCCUUAGGGAAGGAUAAACCGCCUCAGGGACAAGGUUGGUUGGAGUUUAGUGCAUUUGCCAACACGUUGCAAGGUAAAGUGCAGCCUAAGAUGAGAAAGAUGAGCUUUUGCCGCCCUAACUCAUUAGCCCGCACUUUGCACACACGUUUUGAGCAUCUGUCAUUUUUAGGAUUACUCUCCGCAUCGAGUAUACCCUCACUCUCUAAUCAGCUUUGGCAGUCCUUCCCUAGGAAAAGUCUAGCUACGAGUCUUCACACGUAAACUCGUAAACGUUUAAGUAGAGUUAUGUGCUGGUCUGUCGUUACUCAUAAAUGGCAACAUACAUGGUCGUCACAAGUUUGAGUUAUGCCACUCUAUAAUGGUUCCCUCGGGCAUUUUGUGUGAUAGAUUAGACACUGCGUGACGAGCCGCAUAGCAUAACUCGUAAAAGUUUAGCAGCAACACGUGUCUAUUAUGUGCUUGGUUGAGGUUACUUAUCAGCGAGAGAUCAUUGCAGGUCUGUAAAGUACUUAAUUUGCCCAGGUAUUUGAAAGGCAUGGUCGGCAAGUGACAUACCG